AUGACACCACCAUCCGAAAAUGUUGGCCCUUUGGCGUCUUACCCCAACUGCUUAUCAGUCAUCGUCACUGGCGGUGCAAGCGGCAUUGGCUUGGCAAUCACCCGCUACUACGCUGAACAAGGACAUAUGGUGGCCGUUCUCGAUGUGAACGUAGAUACGGGACCUGACAUUGUUGCAGAAGUUGCAAAAGAGUUCCCCAAAGCAACACUGAGCUUCAAAUGGUGUGAUGUAUCUUCUUGGGAAGGACAGUACGCAGUCUUUGACCAGGUUCAUCGCGAGCACGGACACCAUGUUGAUGUAGUCGUUGCUAACGCAGGGAUCUCUGAGCAAGGAGCUGGGGCCUUUGAUUGUCUCCCUAGGGAGUUUCCUCAGAAGCCACAGCUAAGAUUGCAGGACAUCAACUUGAACGGGAUCAUCUACAGUGCAGGACUUGCUGUACAUUACAUGCUGAAGAAUAAGCCUGGGAGCCAUCUCCCAGCCUCCAGGGGCUCAAUCAUUUGCACAGCAUCAGCUGCGGCUAUCUAUCCAUUCCCAGUUUCGCCACUCUAUGCGGCUUCCAAAUCUGGAAUCGUGGGCUUCGUACGGUCGAUGGCAGUUAGACUUGAAGAAAGUCGGAUUCAAAUCAACGCUCUUGCACCAGGAGUGCCGUGUCUCACAGAAACCAAUAUUACCCCCGAUAAAGAUAUCUUCAAAGCGAUGGUGGUCACCCCAAUGUCCACCUUGACAAGAAGUAUAGCACAAUUCAUGGCGGAUCCAUCAAGGACAGGUCAAUUGGCUGAACUGCAUGGGGAUCAGAUUACUUUGAGACAUCAUGCGGACUAUGCUGACGGUGGGGUGGAGUAUAAUAACAGGAUGUUUUGGACACUGGGUCAUGCUUAA